AUGGAAGACUUACCAUUGAAAUUGUCCAACCUUUCGCCCACGCUCUUUUUGGAGUCAAGGCCAGAGGCGUACCGGUUAUUUUCGCAAGGUAGAGAUGACGAGCCAGACUUGUACAACCCUACAAGCAUAAACGAAGAGAUCAGCUUCAAGAAGGAGUUGUUUUCGAAGUUGAAAUUCCAGUACUUGGAGCAAGAAACUCGAGAGAAGUUCUUGAGAGCGAUCUUGGAGAACCCACCACUAUAUGUAGAACAGCUGGAUAUCGACAAGAAGAUCGAAUCCAACACGGAAUUGAAGCGUGAUUUGAAGCAGUUGAAGCAGAAGCAGAAGCAACUUGAGGUGGAGCUGACCGCUUUGGCACUGGAAGUAUUGGAGUUGCGUGAAGUUUUCCAAGGGAAGGCACGGGCUACAGAGUUGAUGCUAGAAGAGAUUGAAGAGAUGGAGCGAGAGUUCAACGUCCUUACUGAAGCCAACGGCGUAGUCUCUGAGUACGUGAAGUUCGAGAGGGAUUAUGAAAGAGAUAGUACCAAGAAUAGCAGCAUCGGGGACGAACACGGUCUAGUCGAAUACAGCAUGAGUGGAAUAUCGAAAAAGUUGUCUAAAUCCAUGGAAAAGGAAGACGGCAAGCUCUCGAGAUUGAACAGCGAGUUUGGCUUGAAGCAGGAGUUGUUGGAGAGCCAUAACCGGAGUAUCCACAAACUUGAGACCAAGUUGAGGCAGUUAGAGGAUGAAGUAGAGAAUAACAAGCAAGUAGAAUCGGGGACUUCCAGGAUUCUCAGCAAAGAGCAGAUAUAUGCCCAAUGGGUCAAAGAGAUGACUCUGGUGUGGGAAACAUUAUAUGGAGAGAGGAUCGAUAUAGAAGCGACCGGAGAAAAGCUAAGCAGGAAGAAAGUCACAAUCACGAGAAAGCCGGAGGGAAAGGCUGUUUCAGUUCACAUUGAAGAAAUGGGUGGAGAAGUCGUGAUACGGAGCGACAACGGAGAAGAAUUGGGAAGAGAAUUCAGUUCGCUGAAGGGCUAUGAAAAGGUUGCAAAGGUCAUCCUGCUACUAUUUGGUGCUAGCCAACGAGAGACUUGA